GCUGCCCCACACUUGGUUGGCGCACUGGCUCUCAGCAAUUCUGCCCCACUGAACCCUACUGGUGGCCCGAGCUUUUUUCAUCAAUCCACAAUCCUCUUUUUCUAUUGCAAGCUCCGCCAAAAUUUCUUUUCUCCAGACUUCUUCUCAUCGACAAGCUCCCGGUACAGAGCCAACGCCCAACGACAAAAUGCCUCCCAAGUCUGGAAAGAGAACCGCCCCCGCCCCCUUCCCCCAGGGAAAGGCUGGCAAGAAGGCCCCCAAGAACCCUCUCCUUGAGAAGCGUUCUCGCAACUUCGGUAUCGGCCAGGACAUCCAGCCCAAGCGCAACCUCUCGCGCAUGGUCAAGUGGCCCGAGUACAUCCGUCUCCAGCGCCAGAAGAAGAUCCUCAACCUCCGCCUGAAGGUCCCCCCUGCGAUCGCCCAGUUCCAGCAGGUUCUCGACAAGAACACCGCUGCCCAGGCUUUCAAGCUCCUCAACAAGUACCGCCCUGAGACCAAGGUCGAGAAGAAGGAGCGUCUCCUCAAGGAGGCCACCGCCAUCAAGGAGGGCAAGAAGAAGGAGGACGUCUCCAAAAAGCCCUACGCCGUCAAGUACGGUCUCAACCACGUCGUCGGCCUCAUUGAGAACAAGAAGGCUUCUCUUGUCCUCAUCCCCAACGAUGUCGACCCCAUUGAGCUCGUCAUCUUCCUCCCCGCCCUCUGCCGCAAGAUGGGUGUCCCCUAUGCCAUUAUCAAGGGCAAGGCCAGACUCGGCACUGUCGUCCACAAGAAGACCGCUGCCGUCCUCGCCCUUACCGAGGUCCGCUCCGAGGACAAGAACGAGUUCUCCAAGCUCGUCUCCGCCAUCAAGGAGGGUUACCUCGAGAAGAACGAGGAUGCCCGCAAGAAGUGGGGUGGUGGCAUCAUGGGUUACAAGGCCCAGCAGCGUAUCGCCAAGCGCGAGAAGGCUCUUGCCAACGCCAUCAAGGUUUAAGGAAGCAUAAAGGGUCGAUUGGGCGUUGUUGCACUUACGAAUGGCGUACGGGACUACCAAAACCAGAUCAGGGUGAAAUAAACAGCCUUGCUUCCGCCAAGAUGCGGAUAAUGAAUUGUUUCUUCGGAUGGGACACGAAUGGAUUGCUUGAUACCCCCCUUAAUGCGAAAGUCUUC